CUUUCUUGCUUCCACAUCCAUAGCUAAUGUCUUCCCUGGUUCAGGUUUCAAUUACAAAUUACAUUCUACAAAUCAAGAUAAAACAAAGAAGAAAAAAAAAAUAGAAGAUGGAGUGAAUUGGUUGAAAAGGUAGAUAGAUUAAUCAAAUAUUACGUACGAGCUGGAAAUUGGUUUACGAUCAAAACCAUAGGUUAUUCCCGAGAAACACGCUGACAAGAAACCCAUCGCAAGUGGUCAUGCUUCAUACAAUUGGAAACCUCUGAAACUGUCUCCGUCUGCGUCAUUGCUUCAGUAAUGUAGUCAUCGGUGAAAUGCCCAAAACCAGAUAUCGUGAUCAUCUGAUUAGAGUGAUUUCUUCAGGGCGAUUCCUGUCUGUAAAAUCAUUGCUUGCUGUUGGCGGCUUUCUGGGUUGGUUAAUUGGUUUCUUCCACAAUGGUAGAGAGAGAAGAGAGAAGAGAGAGAGAGAGGAAGAAAGAGUUUGGAAGAAGAUAGAGGGACACACUGAGAAGGGGGUCCUACUGCUUAAUUUUUGAGGGGCAUCAACAGUCCCUGUCAAUGAUUUUUACUUGGAUUGGGUGGUGUUGCUGUGUUACCUCUCUCACUCUCAAAUGGCCCAUCUAAUCACCAUCAGUUUGACACUCCUUUCUUUCUCACCAAUUUGAUCAAUCAACCAAAGCUUCUCUUCUUCUUUGCCCCUUUCACUCUCUCUCUCUGCUUCUUUUUCAUCACUUGGAGGAUUUCAAAUUGGUCCUUGAGGGUGGCUCAAAAGCUCUGCCUCUGGUCAAAAGGGACAAUUGGAUCUCCCUCAUAUGAAGGGACUUUCAACUAUCAAGAACAGCAGCAUUCAUGGGAUUCUUUGUUGUUUACCUUUGUGUAAUUUGAUCCGUGUUACUUGUUAUCCCUCAUGCUUGAAGAGGUGGUCAAUGGGAACUGUCGGUGGGUGUGUUUCUGCUUCUUGCAUUGUUCAGUUGUAGCCCAUGGACAGUGUGGAGCAGCUCGUACUGCAAUGGGAUGAACUUGAAGGAAGUCCGGCCUCACAGUGUCAGUAUUACCGAAUUUGGGGCAGUUGGCGAUGGGGUCACUCUCAAUACAAAAGCAUUUCAGAAUGCCAUCUUCUACCUAAAUUCAUUUGCAGACAAAGGUGGAGCCAAGCUUUUUGUCCCCGCCGGCAGGUGGUUAACUGGAAGCUUUGAUCUCAUCAGCCAUCUAACACUAUGGUUGGACAACGAUGCAGUAAUUCUUGGAUCAAUGAAUUCCGAGGACUGGCCACUUGUGGAGCCUCUACCAUCAUAUGGACGUGGAAGGGAGUUGCCGGGUGGAAGGCAUAGAAGCCUCAUUUAUGGGCGUAAUUUGACUGAUGUUGUCAUAACAGGUAACAAUGGAACUGUAGAUGGUCAAGGGAGUAUCUGGUGGGACAAGUUUCGGAACAAAACAUUGGAUUAUACACGUCCCCAUUUGGUCGAGUUGAUGAAUUCAACCGGGGUUCUCAUUUCAAAUCUAACUUUCUUGAACUCACCAUUUUGGACUAUUCACCCUGUAUAUUGCAGCCAUGUUAGAAUUCAUAAUGUCACAAUCAUUGCUCCUCAUGGUUCACCAAAUACAGAUGGCAUUAAUCCAGAUUCUUCAGACAAUGUAUGCAUUGAAGACUGUUAUAUAAGCACUGGUGAUGAUCUGAUUUCCAUCAAAAGUGGAUGGGAUGGAUAUGGCAUUGCAUUUGGUCGACCCAGUAGAAAUAUUAACAUCCGUGGGCUCAUUGGGAAAACAACUAGUGCGGGGAUUGCUAUCGGAAGUGAGAUGUCUGGAGGUGUAUCAGAAGUUCAUGCAGAAGAUAUUUACAUUUUUGAUUCGCAUACUGCAAUUAGAAUAAAAACUUCUCCUGGCAGGGGUGGUUAUGUUAGAAAUGUAUAUGUCUCUAACGUGAUCUUGGCUAAUGUAGAUAUUGCUAUUAGGUUCACUGGUUUAUAUGGAGAACAUCCUGAUGACAAUUAUGACCCAGAUGCUCUACCAGUAAUAGAAAGGAUUACUAUCAAGGAUGUAAUUGGGGAAAAAGUCAAACGUGCCGGCCUUAUACAGGGUAUUAAAGGUGACACCUUUGUCAAUAUCUGCCUAUCAAAUAUCACACUUAAUGUGACCUCAAAACUGCCAUGGAACUGCUCUUACGUUGAAGGAUAUUCUGCCCUGGUUUCACCGGAAGCCUGUGAGCCUCUCAAUGAGCGAAUAUCCCCUGAGCAUUGUUCCGAUUGUUGCUAUUUACCAAAUCAAAUAACGAGUUUGGGAAAUCAACACUGGGGUGCUUGGGUUUAGAACAUCAAGCUACCGAAAUUCACUUAUAGCUGAAAUUUGAUUGGUGAGUUUCUUCAACAGGACAAAUUUUACCUCACAGAAGUUGAAUGGUGUUGCUGAUCUGCGGUUGUCUGUCUGCGGAAUGACACCGAGAGAUGAUUUUUCUUGUAACUUGUGUGCAGUAACAAAUAAUUGAGUGAUUUAUCAGAAAUUGAAUUUGAAUGA